AUAACUGACGUCAUCGGUUAUUUAGUCAUUAAACGUUAGUCGGUGUUGUUAUCGCAGUUCUCAGUCCGCAACGUUUGUCGUUUUUUUAAAAAGUUUUUCUUAUUGUCUAGUAAUACGAUAUCGCCAUCGGAUUGUUGUUUGUUUUUUACUGUGCUAAUAAUGUACAUUUCACCUAUCGAAGUUGUAAUUUUCGUAUUCGUAUCGCGAUAAGUGUUGAGUUUCGAGAGUUUCUACGAAACAGUACCAAUCGAACUUUUAUUUAAUCGAAAAUUAGUGAUAAAUACUUCAAAAUGGGCGUCGAUGUGUUAUCCUGCCGUCAAGUUACCUUCUCGGGAUGUGUUCCUGCCGAAGCCGCAAAUAACUCUAUUAAUCGGUCGUCUGUCAAAAGAUGUCUUUUUGGGCCGGUCGAUCACAACGAAGCGAUGUCCUUUUUCGAGAAAGAAAUGGCCAAGAUGGAAAAAGAGAAAAUGAACCAGUACAACUUCGAUUUCGUCCAAGGGAAACCCCUCAAAGGAGCUUACCAAUGGCAAAAGGUCUCAACCACGUUCAAAGUUACCAAAGUUAAAUCACCGAAAAAGACAAAGUGUCCUGUGAGGAAUUUGAAAAAUAGAAGACAAACAACCAUUACCGAUUACAUUAAAGUAACAAAAUGCAGUAAUAAUAAUAAUAUAGAGCAGUCCAGAAAGCAGUAGCGAAAAAUAUAGCCUACCAUACCAUUAUGUUAUCCAUGUUUUUUUUAAAAAAUGAUAUUCUUGUCGAAGAAUUAAAAGUGACGUUAUUAUUACCGGUUUAGAAAAAUUUUCUAGUAUUAGCGCUUUUUUUGUAGAAUAAUUAUGGUAAAAUUUGAGAUAUGAUUUUGUAGAAAAUUUUUGUUUUUUAUUUUAACAUUUUUUUUCAUUUUUAUUUUCGAUGGUGAAAAAAUCGAAAACGAACACGUUGAAUGUUGAUUUAUGUAUAAUUAAUUGAAAAAAUGACAUUUUUCUCGAUACAUUUCCGUACCAUACCGAUCGGUGGAAAAAAAUGAGUAAUAUCAGCGUUAUGAUUUGGACUCGAUUAAUUAAUCAUAGAUACUGGGGAAUUUGUUAUACCUAUGAUUCGUAGUAAUAUAGAUAACAUUACCAUAUCAAGUGCAAUCGUAAAAUAAAAAAACAGAUAAUAAUAACAAAUUUAUUCAAAGUAAACGAAUUUGUUUGAGUAUGAGUCGAGUCAAUGUGUGUGUAGUUGAUAUUAUUUAUUUUUUAAAAAAUAAUUCUUAAUUUUGUUGUGUAAAGAAAAAAAGUUAUUGAAUAAAAAAAAAUUGAAAAAAAAAUUGCCAGUGAGUGGACCAGCAGAUUAUUCGGUCAACAAGAUCUCAUAAUAAUAAAAUAAUGUUAAAAUUUUAAUGUAAAUAUAACUUUCAUAUUUAUGUUUUGUACAAAGUCUAUACAUUGUGAUGUAAUUAUAUACUUUAUUAUUUUGAAGAGUUGAGGCUCGUGUUUGGUUUUUAUUUUAUCGUAAGUAUUUUUUUCGUGUGUAAUGUGUCGUCAUCGCGUUGGAAUAAGAGUACCUACACCUAGACAGAGCUUAGUCACAUAUAUGUGCGAUAAUAUUGUAUAUAAUUAUCGUUAUACUAUAGAAAUGUAUUGUCUGUUAUCCUAUUUUUCUUCUUUUUUCUUUUUUUCUUUUAUUAUAACACAGUAUGAUCUCUCGUAUAUAUCGUGUCAAAUGUCGAUCUGAGCGUAUGGAAAAUUCAAUUUGGUAUUUUUUUUUUCGGUUCAAAAAUCAAAUAAGUUGGAAAGUAAAAAAUUUUUAAAAGCUCGAUUUUGUAAAUUACGUUUUUUUUUUGGCGAAAUAAAAUGCAGUGUAAAAUUUGAAUAAAUAACUUUGUAUUCUUAAUGAUCUCAGAUUAAAAUUUAAGCUGUAAUGUAAGUGACGAUUGGAAAAGUGGAAAUAAUUAACAGAAUACAAUGAGUUUUGGACGCAAUAGAAUAUUACUCUAAACAAGGGGUCGGUAGUUGAUUUGGUACCUUUCCCUUAUUCACAUCGAUUAAGCGAACACCGUUAAGAUCUCAGUUGUAUCUUAUUCCAAAGAUAUUCAAUUUGGUCUCACAGUUCUUUCGUUCUUUCUUUUUCUAUUUUUUGACCAAAGUUUUUUUUGCCUUGAUUUUAUGAUUUCAGAGUUUUGUUUAAUAUUUAUGAAAUGAUAUGUAAUUAAUUUAUUUUAGUUGAAUAUUAACGAUUACGAUGUAUAAUAAAACAUGAAAUGAAUUAUUUCAAUAAUACAUAUGAUUUUAAAAUAA